AUUGCGGCCAUUCCAACUGGUGGCAGUAUUUAUAAUGAUGUAGACAGGCGUUGAACAAUCUGGUCACAUCGUACUGUAAGUAUUGUGCUAGUUGAAGCUUUAGUUUGCCUGAAUGUCCACUGCAGAUUAGCGUAUUUAGCCUGAACUCGAAGCAUGCACACAGGAACGGAAGGAUUCAGGCAGGGGGAGGCAGGGCGGGAUUAAACAGUCGGUGUGAAGCAAGAUGGUGGCCGAAAUUCAAAACGGAGCUGAUAGUUCACGCUGACAUAGACACUGGUGUAACUAUAGCAACGACACAUCAUGAAGCAGGAACUUCAGAUUGUCCUGUUUUGGUCAGUCCUCGCCGUCCACGGUGUCAUAUCGUGUGAUUGGGGGACCUAUGGCGAACACUGCAACCUCACCUGUCCUCUGAACUGUCAAACUAACGAAGUGAAACAACUGCGUCACUGUCACCGCGAGACAGGCAAGUGUUCUGAAGGUUGUAUUGCGGGAUGGUUCGGCGACAUGUGCAACACUCACUGCCACCAGAACUGCAGGAACGACGUUUGUAACCGCCAAAAUGGACAGUGCUUCCUGGGUUGUAAGGACAACCGCACAUACUACGGCGACUUCUGCAAUGUCACUAAACAACUAGCGCCACCUGACGGCCACACGGGUAAGGAGGCUGAAAGCGGCUUGGCCCGCAUCGUGGUCCCCGUCGUCUUCCUCAUUGUCGUAGCAGCAGUCGUUGUAGCCGUGCUUCUGGCUGUAAGAUAUCGACGAAGGAGAAGGCAGUUGGCACUGAAUGCAAGUGGUCACGAAGAAAUGAAUCCGCUGGGUAGCCCACGUCAAACGGGUGAACCUUCCGACGUGGAAAGACUUAGAGAGACCCAAGACACAAGACAAGUUGACCCUUUACAUGACACUGUAGACGCCUCACUUGAGACUGCAAAUGUACUACGGAGAGUGACAUCUGACAACGCUGGAAUCAUGAGCACAGAUGCAGUGGACAGAGAAGUAGCCAAAACUAGAGACGUCUUCGUAGAGGCCUCCAGCUACAAGAAGGUCAAGGACAUUCUGGAGCAGCACGGUCACGUGACAAUGUCUGGGGCAGCAGGCGGAGGGAAGACAUCCAUCGCUCUCAUGCUGGGGUCAGAUUAUCAACAACGUGGAUUCCAACUGGUUGUUGUUGUUGACAUGUGUAAAUUCAAGUUGUCGGAUUACACUAAUCUUGGAAAGGAUGUGUGUUUUAUAUUUCGUGACAUAUUCAGGACGCUAGACUUAAAAGAUGUAUCUCUUUUCCGGAACGUUCUUCUAGAACUCGGGAGACAUCUACACGGAUCCAGGAAAGGGUCGGAUACAGGAGAGGAACCCCCACGCAAGGUUUAUGCUAUAUUUACCACAAACAUGGAUUACGUCACAACUGGAAUAUCACAACUUGAGGAGCUGGAAGACAUAUUCUUCAAGGGCCCUUCAUUCCUUGAUGUGGCAGAUUUGAAGUUAACAGCAGAAGAGAAGAAGGGUAUAUUUCUCCAGCAUUGCAAGAAUAUUAAGAUACAAUUAGAUGUGGACAAGGUUUGUCAAUUUGAACAAUCAGUCUUAGGCUUUCCUCAAACGUGCAAACUUUUUGUGGAAUUUCCGAACUUCCAAAAGUAUUCAGAACGUUUUUUCCAGGCACCUUUCCGUUAUCUUAGAGGAGAGCUUCUGACAAUUCUUCAAGGUCUGGAUGACAAGGCGGCUGCCUUUAUUGUGAUGUUUCUCUUUGAUGGUGACCUUAACCUUCACCAAGUAGAACGUAAAUCAGACAACACAAUGCUGGAGUCUAUCUUCACGAUGAUCGAGGACGUUGUACAGAUAUCAUCGAGAACUGCCGUUGCCAUGGCAAUCAAACAAUUCCGGGGUACCUUCUUCACCAAAGGAGACAUAACAGGAUUUUCACAUCGUUCCAUAUACAACGCAUGUGCCUGUGCCCUGUUUGACAUCAAUCCAUCAUUUGGUCUGAAGCACUGCCGGGCCCAGUUCAUCCAUGAACACGUUCAAGGUCAACAAGGGGACACAACUCUUGUCAACAAAUACGAGCCACGUGUGUACCUGUCAGAUGUGUACACUGACCUCCUGGAAGCCAGACUGGGUGAAAUAAACGAAAAGAAAUCUUUACUGGCGGAUAGGACAUCGACUGGAGGCGGCAACUCCGGGGUGCUAAGCCAAGAUUUACUUGACAAUGAGGUGGCAGAAACGAAGAAGCACUUCAUCCACACGUCCAUCUACCUGAAGGUGCAGGAGAAGCUGGAGAAGCUAGGUCACGUGACGAUGUCGGGGGCAGAUGGUGGAGGGAAGACAUCCAUUGCCCUCAUGUUGGGGUCACAUUAUCAACAACUGGGAUUUCUACUCGUAUUUGUCGUUGACAUUUCCAAAUUCAAGUUGUCGGACUACAUUCACCGCGGAAGGGUGUGUUUUAUUUUUCGUGAUGUAUUCAGGACGCUAGACGUCUCGAAAGAAUCCAUCAGAAACAAUCUACAGGAACUCCAAGAAUAUUUUGUGAACUUCCCAGCCCGGCCGGAUAUUAAAAGUAGAACACGAUCAUCAAAGAAAAAACAGGUCUUUGUGUACGCGAUUUUUACUUCCAACACCAGUAGUCUUACAAGCGGACUAGAACAGCUCGAGGAGCAAGGAAACUAUUUCUUCAUAGGUUCUUCAGUUGUUGACUUGACAUCCUGCCAAUACACAACAGAAGACAAGACAAACAUCUUCAUGAAUCAUUGUAAACAUGAUCAAACAUCACUGGAUGUAGAGUCGAUCUGUAGCUAUGGUGAUUCCUCUCUUGGUUUUCCUCAAACAUGCAAACUAUUUUUUGAGUAUCAGAAUUUUCAACAACAUGGUGAAGAGUUUUACCAGACUCCUUUCCUUUACUUGAGAGAGGAACUUCUUUCAAUAAUUCUUCAAAUGAAUGGACACUCAGCUGCAUUUAUCCUGAUGUUCAUGUGUUCGGAUAAACUGAACCUGCGAGAGUUAGAAACAUCUGAGAAUACAGUCCUGGAAAAUCUGUUGGAGACAGCGAAGAGUGUUGUUCAAAUAAAAUCACGGACGGCGGUAGCUAUGGCUAUCAGAAUGUUCCGAGGUACGUUCUUCACAAGAGGAGACAUAACGGGAUUUUCACAUCCCACCAUAUACAAUGCCUGUGUUUGUGCUCUGUUCGAUUUCAACACAUCCUUCGCCUUGGAGCAUUGUCAUAUACAAUUCCUUCGUGAUCAUGUUCAGGUCCGUCCAGGAGAUACCACAACUGUUGACAAAUACAGCCCAUCGAUCUUCCUGUCAGAUGUAUAUGCUGAGGCCCACGACAGUCGCCUGGCUACCUUGUCACACCCAUGAUUGAUAGUGUAGAGUUGGAACAUGUUUGAAGUGACUCUCACCGUCAACGGUAACGGCUUCAGCCAGUGACUGCUGCACCACUACAUCACAUGUCCUGGUCUUGAUCUCAUCCACUGAUUGUUGUCGGUAUUUGAACAGGAAAUGUCAUUUGCUGACCAGCUUGAAAUACCAUGUAGAUAUAUGUGACUGGAAAUGUAGAAGCUUCAUCUCCUGACUAUCGUACAUUCUAGUUGUGUCAUACAGUGAGCGAUCUCCUCCGCCUCCUCCGCUGGUAAACAAUUUCUACACUGGACUGGAAGAGUUGAAGCCUUAGCUCCUUAACACGUGCAAAUGCAGGGUAACCAUUUGUAUUCCUCGGGCAACAGAAACCACCAAAAACAGUACAUAGUUUAUGAUCAUGAAGCAUGUGGAAGGUUGGAUUUAACUUUUGAGCAAGCGUUAUUUGAAAACGUCCAAGAAGAGUAUGCCUGAUUUACGUCAAGAGUGUGAGAUGGUGACGUUCUACAUACAGGGAACUUGAUUGCAGGAACGUUGAUGUCAUCUCUCAUGUUUUAAGGAGAUUUGUUUUUUUUCCUUAAGGCUAAUUCACUGUUCUCUUUCGCUUCUCGUAAAGCAGAGGGGCGGACUUUGUUCUUUGGCCAAUAUCAGAGGAUCUGGACCUUAUGUUUAUCUUCAAGGCCGCGUCCCUUUGUUUUCAUGUCAGAAUAUAAGCAACUGAUUUUGGUUCGAUUAUGUGCAUACAGAAACCGAUCAGAAAGACAGCUGCACUGGUGGUGCCCAUGGAACUGUCUACCUCUUGUCUAGAUGUCUCCAACUGGCACUGAGAUGAAUCAGGAAGUCCUGCAUACUGUUCCCUUAGGUAAACCCCAUAUGGUAUUUGGUUUCAGAAUUUACAUAUUGCCUUCACUAGUGAGUCACAACAGUAUUCCAGUUAAAUCAUUGCGGGGAAAACCUCACAGAUGUGUAUGAUGUGUACGACCUCUAAAGAUGGAGAGAUAUCAUUAUCUAUGUUUGCAUCGUUUGGUGACAAAUGCCCAAAAGUUUGUAGUUUGGGAUCGUGGUGGUCAAAAU